GAAUGCGAUUAAUUUUCAGUACUUGGAGGUUAUUCGCGGUGGCCACAAUUAUCCUGAAGGAAUGUCCAUAUUUGUCAGGUUGGCUGUGACGCGAUUGCAGCCAAAUACUGGCUCAAGCUAAGCCGGAGCCUGAGUAUCUGAAGCUUUCCGAAAAUCAAUUUUGCUUCAAAGAAUCGCAAUAUUAUUUUCCCAAGGUUGCUGAAGCAGCGUACAUUCGCAACAUGAUCACUGUGGCAAAAGCUUCAAGGGUGUUCAAUAUCAUCAGAGAUGUUUGGAAACAGAUCAGUGCCGGUCUACGGUUAAGAUCAGACAUCUCAGAGCUAUUGAGAGACAAAUUAGCAACCCACAUAGCACGAUUACACUAUAAUGUUGGAUGGGAUAUUACGAGCUUUGACAAACGUGUAGCGGAACUCGUUUUGAAUUAUUGGAAGAUUGAAAGCGAUUCCAAUGAUACAAUGGAAAUGCGGCGCCACUUCGACAAAGCUCUUCUCUUAAGGGAGUUCCAGGAGGCGAUAAUGCUUAUGAACGGUGAUACGCCGUUGUCUCACAGACAUCAGAUGUCAGCCAGACCGGACGUUUUCUUCGAUAUAAAGCCACGAGACUUUAAUGUUUUGGCGUCGCUUCUAACUGAACCGAUUAUGACUUCGAGCAACGAAACAAUGUUUCUCGAAUACGCCACAUUGGGUUCAAUGGUGGGAAAGGUGCUGAUAAAUACCAUUAAUAAAUUGGUGAAAUCAUUGGAACAUACAACGUUUAAGGAGCAAAUAUGGAACUUUAUGACGGACCAGCAGGAUUGCAUUGGUCGCAAAGCUAGAUGGUUCCUUGAGGGGCUAUCCUAUCCAAACGUUCCA